UCAAAGUAUAAGGGUCAAAGUAGACAACUUGCAAUUAUAAAGCAAACAAUAAGAGCCCACGGCAGCUAAUCCACAACGACCUCUUCCCUUUUCCCAUUUGUAUAAUGAAGAAACGGCGCUACAUGAUCCUUGUUCCCUUCCUCCUCGCAACCGCCGUCCAAGUGGCUUCCGCCGUGGAUUUCCUCUUCAACGGCUUCUCCUCCUCCGACGUCUCCCUCUACGGCGUGUCCACCGUUGAAUCCCGCAUCCUCACCCUCACCAACGACACCAAUCACCAAAUCGGGCGCGGCCUCUACCCCUCCCCAAUCCCCACCAAGCAACCCAAUUCCUCCCUCCCUCUCCCCUUCCACACUUCCUUCAUCUUCGCCAUGGCGCCCUACGCCGGCAAGCUCCCCGGCCACGGCAUCGUCUUUCUCCUCGUCCCCCACCUCGGAAUCGACGGUGCCACCUCAGCUCAGCACUUGGGCCUCUUCAAUUUCACCAACAACGGCGACCCCUACAACCACGUCUUCGGCGUCGAGUUCGAUGUCUUCAAGAACGACGAGUUCGGAGACAUCAACGCCAAUCACGUCGGCGUCGAUGUCAACUCCCUCGCCUCCGUACAGUCCCACGAAGCCGGAUAUUGGCCCGAGUCCGACGACGCUUCCUUCAAAACCUCCCCUCUUAACAACGGCAAGAAUUACCAGGUUUGGAUUGAUUACGUUGACGGAACCCUCAACGUAACCAUGUCCCCCCUCGGAAUUAACAGACCCAACAAACCGUUACUCACUGUUCCUCUCAAUCUCACCCCAGUUUUACUGGAUGAGAUGUAUGUUGGAUUCACCGCAUCCACCGGAGCUCUGGUUCAAAGCCACAAGAUCCUAUCUUGGAGCUUCAGCAACACCAAUUCAUCGCUGAGUGACAGCUUGAUCACUUCUGGUUUACCCAAUUUCGAGCUUCCCAAAACCCCAUUUCAUAAAACCAGAGGCUUCAUUGCAGGUUUAUCAGCUGGGCUCACAUCCAUCUUCAUUGUCUCCAUCAUUGUUGCUUUCUUGUUGAUAAAAAGGAACAGAGAGAUACAGAGGAGAAGAGCAGAAAUGGAGGAUUGGGAAUUGGAGUAUUGGCCCCAUAGAAUUAGUUACCAAGAAAUCGAAUCAGCAACCAACAAUUUCUCAGAACAAAACGUGAUCGGCCUCGGCGGAAACGGCAAGGUCUACAAAGGCACAUUACCUGGCGGCGCGGAGAUCGCGGUGAAGCGAAUCUCCCACGACAGUGGCGAAGGAAUUCGAGCGUUUCUUGCAGAAAUAUCAACACUCGGACGCCUCAAACAUAGGAAUCUGGUCGGAUUGAGAGGCUGGUGUAAGAAGGAAAAGGGCAGCCUCAUUGUCGUCUAUGAGUACAUGGAAAAUGGGAGUCUUGAUAAGUUUGUGUUUGAAAUGGCUAACCAAAGAUUAAGCUUCCAAGAAAGGAUAAGAAUUUUAAAGCAAGUCGCUUCCGGUUUACUAUACUUGCAUCAUGGAUGGGAGGCCAAGGUUCUACACAGGGACAUCAAAGCCAGCAAUGUGUUACUCGACAAAGAAAUGAACGCUAGAUUAGGCGAUUUCGGGCUAGCCCGGAUGCACGACCACGACAAGGUUGCCGGGACAACGCGCGUGGUUGGGACGGUCGGGUACUUGGCUCCCGAGGUGGUGACGAGCGGGAGAGCAUCCACUCAGACCGAUGUGUUCGGGUACGGAGUGCUGUUAUUGGAGGUGAUGUGUGGGAGAAGGCCAAUAGAGGAAGGCGCCCCGCCAUUGCUGGAUUGGGCGUGGGAGCUUCUACGGAGGGGGGAGUUGAUGAAGGCGGUUGAUGUGGCCGCAUUAAGGGGAGGAACGGAGGAGGAGGCGGAGGUAGAGAGGGUGCUUCAUGUGGGGCUGCUGUGCGCGCACCCAGACCCAAAGGCAAGGCCGAGUAUGAGGCAGGUAGUGAAGUUUUUGGAGGAGAGGGGUGAGGUUAAUGAAGCGGAGAUGGAAGAGGAUAUGCAGACGCAUCUAUUGGACAAGAUGAAGACUGAUCAGUUUUGGUCUAUGUAUCCUCAUUUUUUAACCAGUGGCUCUUCUUCAUCUUCUCAUCCAACGUUUGAAGACUUUAGGAAGGGUAUGUCCCAAAAUACUAUGUCACUCUCUUGGUCUACUACUAUUGUUGAGGCAGAUGAAGAAAUGUCUCAUAUAUAUAAGCAAUAGCGGAUCCAGGUAGCAUGUGGAUCGACUGAUCCAUCGUGAAAACUCCAUUAAAAUCCACUUUUUGGGUUGUCGUCCCGAUGGGGUUACAACCCCGCUCUAAUCCUUCGGGGUUGAGGUUUACUUCCCUUUUCAUCCGCCAUCACUGCCUUUGUCUUCAGACGCUGGAAACUACUUUCUUCCCUUUGUUUGAUCCUACUAGAUUUGUGUAGUGCAUUAAUUAUUGUAUAUAAGAUUUAUGGAUAUAUAUGCAUGGAUUGUUCUCAUUACAA